GUAUGGAAAUGUACUACAGAAUGACUGGGAUCAACUCUACCUAGAAACCAUUGUCCACCAUGUCAUAAUGGCAACCACCAGCCAAUCAGGAAAUCUGAUGCUUGGUAAUGUUUCCAUAGCAACUCCUCCAGCAAAUGUCGAUGCAGGCGACUACGCACAUUGGCUUUCUGAGAAAUGGAUAGAUGAGGAGAACUCGUUGGAGCAUUGAGACUUGAUAGCAGCGUGCAGAAACAGUACAACCAUGUUGCUGGAACUGAUUUCCUGAAGUACAUGGACAAACUGUACGAACUACAACACUCUGGUCCGCACGACAGUCGUGUACGUCUACAUAUCAAGAAAGAAGUGGAUACAUACAGACUACAGCAUGCAAUGGACAUGGUUGUAGAGCAGCUACCGUCAAUGUUAGAGUUGGGAGAGAUACCAGAACACAUUAUAAAUGAAAGCUACUCUUUUCCGUACCAUGUACCAUCCAUUGUGAGUCUGGCUUCAGCUGUACCAGAUGAGAUGCCAGAGAUGUUGGGAUAUGUCCUGUUACAGGAAUGUUACUGGUUGAAUGCCCUGCUGUGUCACAUCCGACAGUCUUUGUACGAGUUAGAUAAGCAUUUGCUUGGUGGUGAACAUGCCAUACCAGAAGAAUUACUAGAGACAACAAAGUCACUUCAAGAGGAGUUCGUUCCUAUAUCGUGGACACAUCCCAAUUGUCAGCCAUCUACCCAUACGCUGCUCACUUGGCUUAACGAUCUCAACAAACGUUACAGUCAGUUGAAACAGUGGAUAAAAGAAGGAAAAGUACCAUCUCAGAAACGUACAGAAUCUCAGGGUGCUCAUGGUGAAUUGACCUCAGUAUGGUUGGGUGGUUUAUGCAAUCCAUCAGCUCUAGUUACAGCUCUAAGACAAGAAAUGGCUGUGCUCUCCGAGUGUUUACUGUCUGAGGUUAUCUUGGAAUGUGAUGUAUCCAUGUCCAUGGAUAAAAACACUUUUGAAAUCAAACAUGAAGGUGGUAUGUACCUCCAAGAACUCUAUCUACAAGGUGCAUUAUGGGAUAUGGAGAACAAGUGCCUUGCACCUCCAGAAAUUGAGAUGAACUUGAUGCCAAGUGUGUACGUACGACCAGUUCUGAAAAGCAGCAUGGCAGAGUCACAGCAGUCUGAGGAGGGUGCAUCUCUCUAUGAAUGCCCAGUGUACAUAAAUAAAGCUAGACAAGUUACAGCAUUUACAUUACAUCUGAAAUGUCCAUAUCCUGUUGAGCAGUGGACGCUGGCUGGCACAGCUAUACUCCUAGAUCCCGGUGCACCUGAAGAAAGCAUCAAGAAAUCCAAAGGCUUCACAGCGAUAAAACGGGAAAUGGCCAUGGUGGAAGAUGAUGUGAGUGAACGAGUUGCAUCGUCUCUUGGAUCUAAGAAAUCAGGAACUGACAAUGCCUCAGAACAAUCCAGGGCAUCUAGAAGAUCAGCACGCUCACUGAGAUCGCAUUUAUCCGACCAGGCACACCAGAAGGCAUCAGAAAAGGCAAAGUACGACUCAACUUGGUCCGUGAGGUCAGAGAAUCUGGAGAAAGAGAGAUAUAGUUACUCUAUGUUUGAUUACCGAGCUCCUACUCUACGUGAGAAGCGACUUGAAGAUAGGCAAAAACGCAGGCAAGACAUGCUUGAGCAUCAAGAUGAUGCAGGAGAAGGGAGACAAAUGGAUGAUAUUUCUGACAGAUCAUCAUUAAGUUAUAAUGAUAAUAAUAGUAAGAUGCGAAGCAAAGAGACUAUAAAUGAAGAAGGUGACUAUGGAACUAUGUCAGAAAGUGGUAAAGAAGAUGAACACUCAUUACACAGUUACCGAUCUGACAAAUCAAAGGGUUCUCAGAAGAAAGCUGAAGAAGAUAGUAAAUCACUGCUUAGUGCAAGGUCUGACCGGUCUGACUAUUCUCGAACCAGCAGUGGCAUCAAAGUUUCAAGUCACACAGGGAGGAUCGAUUAUCUGCACACAGUAGAAUAUCUAAACGAAGUGAUAAAUCUCGAGAAUCGUUCUUCACUGAUAAUUCAGAUAAGAAAUCUGUAAAGUCCCUUAAGCAUGGGCAUAAAAGGUCACCAAGAUCUCCAUAUUUGAAGAACCAAGAUACAAAGUCAGUGAAAUCAAAGGAUGAUGAAGAUAAAAAGUCACAGAGAUCUUUGAAAAGUAAGGAUGAAGACUGGAAAUCCGUCAUUUCCAUGAAGGAUGAAGAUAAAAAAUCACAGA